AUGUGGCGAGAUAUGGGUUGCAGGUUGAUGAAGGGUUCGAUGAAGAAGGUAGCCUCCUUCAUCUUCCUUCAUCAACCUGCAAGAGGCUACCUCUGCUACAAGGUGGUGGUAUUGGCUGUGUAUGCUAGUGCAGUGGCGCGUGAAGUAGUGGCAUUGAUUGGGACAGGCGAGACCCACAUCCACAUCACAUUGCAUGAGGAGCACAUACACGUGGCGCGUGGUGAUUGGUUUGCGCCUCUUCACAAGAUGGCCAUGCAUUGUCGGUUGCAUGGCAUAGUGAGCAAUCCCCCCUACAUCCCAUCCCACUUGCUGCCGUCGCUGCAACCUGAGGUGCGGCUACAUGAGCCCUCCUUGGCCCUUGACGGAGAUGCUUAUAAGGAGGAUGGGUACAGACCCGCUGCUGCUGGUGCUGCCACUGCAGCUGCCGGUGAUGCUGCUGGUACAAUUAGUGAAGCUGAUGCUGAUGCUGAUACCAACACGGAUGGCACGGCAUGUCUGCGCCACAUAUGUCAGAAUGCAUCCACCUUCCUUCGUCCCUUCGGCUUCCUGGCUCUUGAGACUCAUGGGUGGGGUCAAGCGGAGAUUAUUGCCGAUGUGUUGGCCAAUCAGAGAUCGCCAGAUGGCAGGUUGUUGUAUUGUGAUAUACAAAUGGAGGACGACAUACGCGUCGCGCCUCACGACCUGCACCGCCCCCAUUUGACGGCCGUCAGUUCAGAGAUCAAAGCCAAGUAUUUCGAUAAGGUGCUGCGCAAUGUGGGUCUCUGCAUCUCGCUCUACGACCUGCAGUCAGUGGAAGGAGGCUUCAUCUACCCCUCCGACCCUGGUCCUCAUUUCACUGUGCGCUUCCGACUUGCUGUGUUCUCUCCAUUCGCCGGAGAAGUGCUCGUGGGGAGGCUGGUGAAGUGCGAUGCAACGGGGCUGUUUGUAUCUCUGGACUUCUUCUCCGAUAUACACAUUCCUCAUUACAACCUACAAGAGCCUUCAGUUUUUGACGAGCAGGAGAAGCUGUGGGUGUGGAAGUUCAACGACAACGACAUGUUUCUUGACAUGGAUGAACUGAUUCGGUUCAAGGUGGUGAGUGUCAAGUAUCCCGCGCUACCCGUGGAGCAGGAGAAGGGAGCCACUGCCUUUGCAACUAUGGAGAUCGUUGGUGAUAUAAAUGGCGAUGGGCUCGGGCUGCUCUCUUGGUGGUCGUACAGCUUUCUCGCCCUCCAACCGCUUGCCUGUCCUGCUAAGGUUGCGUCUCCUCGUGCGCUCCCCCAACGGAUCGUCGCCAUGACUCUCAAGCUCUACACCUCGCCGCACAACAAGAAUGCUUAUAAGGCGCUGAUCGCGGCACAAUUCGUGGGCGUGAAGAUCGAGGUGCCGCCCUUCCAGUGGGGCGUCACGAAUAAGUCGGAGGAGUUUCUCAAGCUCACUCCCAUCGGCAAGAUUCCACUUAUUGUCACUCCUGAUGGGCCAAUCUUCGAGAGCAACGCCAUUGCCAGAUACGUCGCCAGGCUAGCGGACAAGGGCCUGUUUGGGUCGAACGCGUACGAGCAGGCGCAGGUGGAGCAGUGGAUCGACUUUGCAACCAAUGAGAUUGACACCCCUGUGUACCAGUGGAUCGGGCCGCUCUACCAAUAUGGCACCAGGAUUCCAGAGGUGGAGGAGAAGGCUAUAGUGAACGCCAAGAGGGGCUUGGCUGCGCUGAACACCCACCUUGCCGACCACACCUACCUGGUGGGCGAGCGGGUGACGCUCGCUGACAUCAUCACGGUGUCGGUGCUGACGUCACCCAUCCGGGGGCUGUGGAGUGAGGAGUUCAUGCGGGAUUACCCCCAUGUGCAGCGGUACUUCUUCACCCUGGUGCAUCAGAAGCAGUUCAAGGCCGUGAUUGGGGACGUGGAGCAGAUCGCCAAGGUGCCGACAGAGAUUGUCAAGUGGGAGGAUUCACCUCUUUACAAGCUCAUGAAGCCCAAACAGGACGAAAAAGCAGCAGCGCCCGCAGCAGCAGCAGCACCAGCGGCAGCACCAGCGGCAGCUGCAGCAGCGGGAGGCGGUGAAGGGGAGGAGGGGGCACCCAAACCCAAGGCAAAGAACCCUCUUGAUUUGCUGCCUCCGAGCCCCAUGGUGUUGGACGCGUGGAAGCGGCUUUAUUCGAACACCAAGGCGAACAACUUUAGAGAAGUGGCGAUCAAAGGCUUCUGGGAAAUGUUUGAUCCCGAGGGCUAUUCUCUCUGGUUCUGCGACUACAAGUUUGACGACGAGAACACGGUGAAAUUCGUGACGCUUAACAAAGUGUCGGGGUUCCUACAGCGCAUGGACCUCGCCCGCAAGUACGCGUUUGCCAAGAUGUGCAUUCUGGGUCCGGACGAGGGCCCGUUUGUGAUCAAGGGCGUGUGGCUGUUCCGCGGGAGUGAGGUGCCGCCGUUUGUGAUGGAGGAAUGCUACGACUGCGAGCUGUAUGAUUGGAGCAAG